UCUCGGGGGCGGCUGGCAGGGAAGGAAGGAAGGAGAUGCCUCCUGGCCCGGUGAGCCUCCCCCGGGAAAGGCAAGGGGGCUGGGCCCAGGGAGCCCGAAGAGGGGACUGCUCAGAGGGGAUCCAUGGCCAAAGGGGCCCCGCAGGAGGAGGGAGAGGCGGGUCUGGGGCUGCUCCCUUCCUUCCUCCUCCUCCUCCGCCGCCGAGGGAGCGGACUCAAUGGGGCCAUUCUUCUCCCUUCCUGGGCACAAAGGGGCCAUUCAGGGACCUUCAUGGAGACAAGGGAGGGAAAGGGCAAGGCCCCACGGCAGCCCCGGGCCCCUGCCGGCCCUGUCCCUGCCCCGCCUCGGCUGCGCUUCAGCAGCAGGAGGAGGAGGAGCCCCUUCCCCUGCGCCUCCCUCUCUGCCUCGCAUUCCUGAGCCCUGACUCACGGCCCGCCUCCUCCUCCGGCCUGGCCUUCCCCGCCCGGCGCUCCGCUCCCGGAGGCCUCCCUCCCUCCCUCCCCGCGGCUCCUGCUCCUCGCUGCAUGGCCGCCCUCCCGCUCCCGGCCCCGCAGCUGCGCCCAGGCCGGGCCCCACCGACGCCAGCAGCAGCGGCACGGACCAGGCCCCGGAGGCCCAGCGCCCGGCGGUGA